AUGGGAUAUAGGGGGACUGGGAAGGGAUAUAGGGGGACUGGGGGGGGACUGGGAUGGACUGGGAGGGAUUGGGGGCGAAAGGGGAAACGUGUGGGGAAUCCCUGCCCCAUCUGCCGGGACCAGAACCUGCAUGUGGACUAUAGGAACGUGAAGCUGCUGGAGCAGUUUGUGUGCCCCCAUUCCGGAUCCAUCUUCCACCCCACACAUACAGGUGUCUGCAUGAAGCAACACAAGCUGCUGCUGAAGGCCAUUGCUCAGGCACAGGACCACGGGCUGCUAUGGCUGCGGGUGCCCUUCGUCCCUCCUCCAUCAGACGAUUACCUCACAAUUCAUUCCGCCAUUGGAAAGACCCCUCCGGGCCCACAGCUCAAGGAAGGCCGUGCUUGGUAUCCAUGGUACCAAUGGCAGCAGCCUCCAGCAGCCGCCAUCGCUCGCCUCAGGCGCAUCUAUAAGGAUUACCUCAAGGAGGAGGAGGGGGAGCAGAAAGAGGAUCAAGCCCUUAAUAAAGAGCACAAAACGGGGCUUGAAAUGGGGGUAGAAGGGCAGGAAAAGGGGGUAGAGGGGCAGAAAGGAGGGAUAAAGGGGUGAAAAUGGGGAAUAAAGAGGGUUUUGUGGCUCG